GAAGCGGUUCUCACGAGCUCACCGCUACACUGUUGUCACUCUCUGUUCAGCUGAAAGACGUUUGUGCUCCUCAUAUAAGGAUGGAUUUUAUCUUUAUUGCCUCAUGCGUCAUUCUAACCCUGACCUUCCCAGUGCACUGUGGGAAAAUCCUGGUGUUUCCUCAUGAAGGCAGUCACUGGGUUAACAUGAACAUAUUGAUCCAGGAGCUUCACUCCAGGGGCCAUCAGAUCACCGUGAUACGGGCCCUCGACAGCUGGUUCAUCUCAGAGACGUCGCCACACUACGUCUCAAUGACCGUCCCGUUUCUACUGGGUGGAGACGAUGAGUUUUACAGCAGUUUUGUUUCUAGACAACUGCAGAUCCGACGGCAGCAGCAAUCGGCGUGGACCAGAUUCAAACUGGACAUGGAGCUCAAGGAGAAAUUUUCCGAAAUGCACAGGAAGAUUUGCGAAAUGGUGAUCUAUAUUAUCGAGAAAGAUCCCGAGCUGCUGGAACAAAUCAAACAGGCCAGCUUUGACUUGAUGUUGACCGAUCCAGCGAACGGAGGAGGUGUUGUUCUCGCGCAUUAUCUGAAUUUACCUCUUGUUUUUAACGUCCGAUGGACUGUGCAUGGAGAAGCGCAUUUUGCGAUAGCACCGUCUCCUCUGUCUUACGUUCCCUUCCCGCUUUCUCAGCUGACCGAUAACAUGACUUUCCUUCAGAGAACGUAUAAUGUGUUGUUUUACACCAUUCGGCUUUUCCUUUACAAGCGCAUCGUUGGGCCUCAUUACAGUGCUUUGUGCGACCGAUAUUUUGGCCCUGAUUUGCACUAUUUUGAGUUAUUUCAAGCAGCUGAUAUUUGGCUCAUGAGGGUCGAUUUCGUCUUUGAAUUUCCUCGCCCGACUAUGCCAAAUGCCAUUUACGUCGGCGGUUUCCAAUGCAAACCUGCAAAAGAGCUGCCGAGGGAUCUGGAGGAUUUCGUGCAAAGCUCUGGAGAGCAUGGCGUCAUUAUUAUGUCUUUAGGAACAUUAGUUGGCCAACUUCCUCUUGAUAUAGCCGAUGAUAUAGCGGCUGCGUUUGCUCAGCUUCCCCAAAAAGUGAUUUGGAGAUACACAGGAGAGCGACCGUCUACUUUGGGCAACAACACUUUACUGGUUAAGUGGCUACCACAGAAUGAUCUCUUAGGACAUGUAAAAACCAAGGUUUUUGUGUCUCAUGGAGGCACUAAUGGUAUUUUUGAAGCUAUUUAUCACGGUGUUCCUAUAGUCGGAUUACCGCUGGUUUUCGAUCAGGAUGAUAACCUUUCAAAAAUGAGACAUAGAGGUGUAGCUAAAGUUGUGGAUAUUGCAACCAUAGAUAGACACAUAUUUAAAGAUGCCUUGCAGGAAGUGCUUACAGAGCCGUCCUACAGGAAAAACAUGCAGAAACUGUCCAGUCUGCAUAGAGACGCACCAUUAAAUCCGUUAGACAGCGCCGUCUUCUGGAUUGAGUUUGUCAUGAGACACAGAGGCGCUGCUCACCUGCGCACUGACUCUUAUAAAAUGCCCUGGUACUCGUACCACAGUGUUGAUGUUUUAGUGUUCUUGGUAUCGAUUGUGUCUUUAACAGUUUAUAUUGUGUUUAAAGUGAUCAGAUGUUUAUGUUGCAGGUUAUGUGCAAAAAGAAAACGAGCGAAACAAGAUUAAAGGGGUGGAGAUAUGAUAUGAUAAAAUAGAUAUAUUAUGAUUGUAUAA